CAGAAAAUCGUUACGAAACUAAACUGGAACAAAUUGAGUUUCUAUAUUAAUAUAUUCGGAUAUUAAAUGCAAAAUUUGUGAUACAUUAUUGAAUGCGAUAUUAAGCUACUCAAAAAGUGUAGAAAUUCUAUAAAUUUAUCUGACUUGUGGAAUGUAAAACCAUGGCGACAUCUUUUAACGAAAAUUUAAUUGUUGGAGCUAUAGAUUUUGGAACAACAAAUUCUGGAUGGGCAUAUUCUUUCUUUCAUGACUUUAAAAAUGAUCCAACAAAAGCCUUCGUCAAACAUUGGCACUCCGGUUCAGGUACACUUUCCACCGAGAAAGCUCCAACUGUUGUACUGAUUAGGCCAGAUGGUAAAACGUUGGAAGGCUUUGGGUAUGAUGCAGAGAAUAGAUACAGAGAGCUUGCAGAUUUGGGAGAACAUCACGAUUACUAUUACUUCAAAAAGUUCAAAAUGAUGCUUCACAAACAACUAUCUGAGAAGCUUGAUCGUAAUACUGAACUUGAAGACGAAAUGGGAAAACGUUUAACAGCAUUAGAUAUAUUUGCAAUGAGUAUAAAGUUCCUUGUUGAUGAUAUGUAUAAAAUUGUAAAACUGCGUGUGUCUGGGAUAAUCAGACAAGACGAAGUUCAUUGGGUACUGACAGUUCCAGCUAUAUGGACGGAUUCAGCUAAACAGUUUAUGAGGGAAGCUGCAGAAAAGGCUGGUAUUACAAAGGAUAAAUUAAGUAUUGCACUUGAACCGGAGGCUGCAUCUAUCUACUGUAGAAACUUACCGAUUGAAAAGACAGUUGGACCCAUGACCGCUUCCAUUUCAUCUUUUCCUAUUGGAACUAAAUAUAUGAUACUUGAUGCCGGUGGUGGCACGAUCGAUGUAACCGUUCAUGAGGUCAUUGAUUCAAAUGCCGUUAAGGAAGUGGCAGCAGCUAGCGGGGGUGGUUGGGGAGGAACACUUGUAGACCACGCAUUUGAGGAUCUGAUUUAUGACCUUGUUGGAAAAGAGGUAUAUGGCAAAUUCAAGCAAGAGCAAACUGAAGAUUGGCUGGAGAUGAUGAGAGAGUUUGAAGUUAAGAAAAGAACAAUUCAUCCCGACAAGGAAGGAAGAAUAUUAAUGAAAUUUCCAGUGUCCCUCAGUAAGAUGUCAGAACGAAAGAACCGACAUGACUUGGAAGAAUUCAUCCGUGAUUCUGCAGAAUAUGCUGAUCAAGUUGUAUUUGUUUACGACAAGAUGAAAUUCACAGCUGCUGUAUUUAGAAAUCUGUUUGAAAAGUCAAAUAGCAAGACAAUUAAGCAUAUGAAAACAGUCAUACAGGAUAAUAAUCUGUAUGAUUUGAAAGCAAUACUGAUGGUAGGAGGAUAUUCAGAAUCGCCAAUGUUGCAGGAAGCUGUCAAGAAAGCGUUUCCUCAUUUAGAAAUUAUAAUACCAAAUGAAGCAUCGUCUGCUAUUCUCAAAGGAGCGUUGAUCUUUGGGCAUCUUCCAGAAGCGGUGACCGAACGCAUACUUAAAUACACAUAUGGUGUCGAUACUACAGUUUCUUUUUUACCGGGAAAGCAUCCUAAUUCUAAACGUAUGGUCACUGACUCUGGUAUACGGUGCAGAAAUGUUUUUAGUAAACAUGUCGAAAUGGGUCAGAAAGUUAAAUUUGGACACGUUCAGGUUAAAAAGUCGUACACGCCUGCUUUUAGACACCAGCGUCUGCUAAGUUUUACAAUUUACGCAUCUACAAUGAAAAAUCCGGAAUACACUGAUGUCGACUGCUUUAAGAUCGGUUCAAUGACAGUAGAUACUGUUGUCGGAGGACUAGAUUGUUCUGUUGAAGUCUCUCUUAUGUUCAGCGGGACAGAGAUCAAAGUAGAAGCAAAAGUCAAGGAAACUGGACAAAAGACCGAUGCAGUGAUGAACUUCCUUGGUUAAAGUUUAAAUUUGCUUUUUAAUGAUGAAGUUUAAAUUAAAGCUGAUAUAAAACAUAUCAUUAUAGCAAAUUUCGACAUGGAGUGGAACAUGAUUGAUUGAAGGAUUGAUUGAUUGAUUGAUUUAUAAGCGCUAUUUGGCGGUAGGCUAGAAAAACAAAUAUGAGUUAUAUGAAACUAUGCUUUUUAACAUUUGGAAGCGCUUAUGAAAGAAGUUGUUUGUUGGAUGCCAUUUUAGCCAGUUGUUUUUGAUUUUUUUGUAAAGCCAAACGUCGUAAAAAAAAUUAAGAGCACUCGCAAAAAUAGGUCAAUUGUCUGCCAGAUAGGAUCUUCGUCAAAGUAGAUUUUGUUCUAGUUAAUGAGAUAUUAAUUUGCCAUGCACUCAUAUAAUUAUAUUUUAUUCUCGACGUUGUACAUGAUACAUAUAUUGUGUUUCUGAAAAUUGUAAUUAGAUUUCAAUUGUUCGCUAAUGCUAAAAAGAGGCAUAUUGUAACAUAGUUACUAACCUGAGUAUGACUUUAUCCUUACAGAGACGUUACGUAUUAACUGAUUUGUCUCACAUGAAAUAAGUGUAAGUUUGAAUAUAGAAAUCAACUCCAGUUUCAAUUUAAAAAUGUAAUUAUUUUAUUUGAAAUAAGUGUAAAAUAUACAAUAAACAGUCACUAUUCUACGGAUUUCGUAUAUAUAUGCUACUGCUAUGUCAUUGUGUACGCAUGCACAACACUUUUGCUUAUGUAAUCAAAGAGUCGAAAUAAAUUAAUAUUAUUA